UUACUGAAACUGCCCUUGAAUACAUUCGAGUUAUCAAAAUAAACCGUGAAUAUCUGUGUAAUGCCACUACCUGAAAUGUCGCUAUAGCAUUUGCUUGUGAAGCAUUGGUGUGUGAAACAUUUUGCACAGUGGCGUAAACUACUGGAGGAAAAAAAAUUCAAUGAGCUGUAAAAUUGUGUGAGGGUCAAAGCGAGAAGGGGGAGACAGCAGGAGUUGAGCUGCGUUCAUUAUCUUAUCUUAUUAGCCCGUUACUAGGUUUGAUAAGAUUUCAAUGGUGUGUUUUCACUCCGACAGACAAGAGAUCAAUGCCUGCACGCGCGACCUACCCCCAAUACCUCUGGAAAUCAGAAGAUCCGACCCGUUUGACAGCUUCGGCAAAUCGUAAACACGUUGCUAAUUGCAUAGCUGGCUUGUUGACCCAUACAGCUGGUCACGGGCGAGCAGUGUUGAGGGACAUCUAGAACAGUUUUAUUUGCGCCACGGCCAAAUCACAUCACAGCCAUGAGGAUUUUAAGAGCUUUGAUGAAGAGUGCCGACGCUGUUGGAAAGCAAGUUGACUUUUAUUCCAGGUUUUCUCCAUCUCCUCUGUCAAUGAAACAGUUCUUGGAUUUUGGAUCGGAGAAUGCAUGCGAGAAAACGUCAUUCGUCUUCCUAAGACAGGAGCUGCCGGUGAGACUGGCAAACAUAAUGAAAGAAAUAAGUCUGUUACCAGAUAAUCUUCUGAGGACCCCAUCUGUCCGUCUGGUCCAAAGCUGGUACAUGCAGAGUUUCCAGGAUAUCUUGGAGUUCAGGGACACAAAUGGUGAUGAUGAGAAGGUCACCCAUGCAUUCACAGAUGCGGUUAUAAAGAUCCGCAACAGGCACAACGACGUGGUGCCCACCAUGGCCCAGGGGGUGGUGGAGUACAAGGAGACGUACGGCACGGACCCCAUCAUCAGCCAGAACAUGCAGUACUUCCUGGACCGCUUCUACAUGAGUCGCAUCUCCAUCAGGAUGCUCCUUAACCAACACACGAUGUUGUUCGGGGAUAAAGUAGAGAAUCCGGCCCACCCCAACCAGAUCGGCAGCAUCGACCCCCUCUGCCAUGUAGCAGAUGUUGUCAGAGAUGCAUACGAGAAUGCAAGAAACCUGUGUGACAGAUAUUACAUGAACUCUCCUGAGUUGAUUUUAGAAGAAUUUAAUGGUAAAGACAGUGGCAAACCAAUAUCGGUGGUAUAUGUACCAUCACAUCUGUAUCACAUGGUGUUUGAACUAUUUAAGAAUGCCAUGCGGGCAACCAUGGAGCUGUAUGGAGACGCUAUGGAGUAUCCCCCAGUCCAGGCACAGGUGGCUUUGGGCCACGAGGAUCUCACCAUUAAGGUGAGUGAUCGUGGUGGAGGCGUUCCCCUGAGGAAGAUUGACAGGCUGUUCACCUACACCUACUCCACAGCCCCCAUACCCCUGGGCAUGGACCAAUCACGAACACCUCUGGCUGGCUUUGGGUAUGGUCUGCCGAUAUCCCGGUUAUAUGCAAGAUACUUCCAAGGGGAUAUAAAGCUGUACUCCCUGGAGGGCUUCGGCACAGAUGCCGUCGUCUACAUCAGGGCCUUGUCUACGGAAUCCAUAGAGAGGCUUCCCGUUUACAACAAGUCGGCCUGGAAGAACUACAAAACCAUCACAGAGGCAGAUGACUGGUGUGUGCCCAGCAAAGAGCCCAAGGACAUGACAAACUACCGCAGUUUUUAGAUUCACACAGUACGUGCUGAAUGAACCCCUCUCUUUUUAAAAAGCUUUCUUUUCCCCCAUGAGUUGUUUUUUUCCAUUGCUGCCCAUGGGGUGGAAUAUGUGAGUGGUCACCUCUGAUGAACGGUGAAAUCUCAUCUUACAUUUAGAGGUUGCAUUAAAAAUAGCCGGACGUUACUGAGGGGAGCCCAGUGCCAUACUUUUGUCAGAAACAAACUGGCCUCCUUUCUUGACCUGCUUUUUGUUUAGUUUUUUUUUGAAGUGGAAUGAAUUACAGUAUUUCAGAUUAUCUGGAUCUGAAGAGUCAACUAGCUUUUUUUUUCAGGUAAAGGUGUAAUUAAAUGACGAGAUUUGAUAUCUUGGUAUCAUGACUGAGAGGAAGUGAAGCACUUUACCGUUUUCUUUUUUUGGUCAUCUAGCCUGUUGAGGUAUUUUGUUACAGAGCCUCAGUAAUGGCAGCUAAAAUAUUGCAUUACACCCAAAGUAUAUGUACUUUCUACCCAAAAGGAAAUGUAGAUAGUAGUGUUACAUUUGAUGGCAGAAAAGACACGAAAACAUUUUUUGAAAAGAGGAAAAGAAUACUGGUUACUUAUUUAAUGCAUGACUGUAGUUGCAUUGACUUUAACUUGUCAGACGCCUGCCCUCUGUAACAAGUGUAUUUAAUUGUCUACAGUAGACAGACAGAGAUCAAGCGACAGCACAUUCCGUGAGGAGCUUCUAAAUGUGUUGCUUAAUUUUUUGUGUGUGCAUAUUCUUAGUUGUUGUUGGUUUUGUCUUGUGUUGUGCGUGUGAAAGUGUGCUAUGGCCAUAGAAUGCAUUCUUAUUGAUGGUUUUUAUACCAUCGCCCAGUUUCGUGUGUGGUUCCUUACAACAUGGAAAGAGAUUAUUUUGCAACUACCAGCUUAAUAAAACCAGUGUGUGAACAUGUCAA